CUGCAUUUAAUAGUCGUAGGGAUUUAUGAUAGCGAUGUUUACAUCCUGGCUGCGCUCCAACAAGACUGUUUUGAUCGAGACACACGUGACCCACCUCUCUAAUAGGACGUCCCCCUGAGUCCAUAACAAACAAGUCGCAGAUAAGGGGACACGACCAGACCCUCCCUAUUAGUGUCCACUCAAACUUUCAACGUGAAAGUGUUUGUUUCAACUUUUUAUUCUAACGUUGACUUGGAUGACUUGUGCGUAAUUUCUACAAGAAACUUUUGAUUACUCAUUGACUACUAAUUGACGCUGAUGGGACAUGGAGAUGGCCUCUUCAUCAACAGCAACAGCAGGACCAGCUAUGUCGUCUGACUCGGAGCUUUCUCGACUCGGGGGCAUCGAGGCCUUGAAGCUGAAGGUGGGGCCGGUGCGGAGGAAUCUCUUCGGGCCCGUGGACCACCAGCAGCUGCAGCACGACUUCCAGCGGCUGCUCUGCAUGAGCGUGGAGGUGGCCAACAAGCGUUGGAACUUCGAUUUCCAGAGCGACGUGCCGGGACAGGCCGACAACAUCGAGUGGGAGGAGCUCAGGUGCCAGGACGUGCCGACGUUUUACCGCAGCUGCACGGUGAGGCCAGUGGUGCGGCCUGGAGGCGGGGCGGCGAAGGGCAAGAGGCGGAUGUCGUCUUCGUCAGGCGAGGGUUCGCCAAUUUCUAGCAGCUCGUCAGGGUCCGGGGAUGAGUACCUGGAGGUGACCACAAGGGGGUGCUACAGGAUCCAACGGCUGGGAAAACAUAGACAGGCUUCCAUCACAGAUUUCUUCAAGGUGAAGAAGAGGAAGCUUCUCCACUACAAAGCAUCCUCUCGGCAGUAGAAAAGCACAACGAGACCCAGAGGAGGAUCACUUAGUGGUCGACAUCCUCUACACGUCACCUCACAUAGAUCUUGUAUCUUAUGUAUAUAUGUAGCAUUAUGUAACAGACUGUCCACAAGCUCAUGCAGCAUGGGCUUAAAAACUCCUCUGACACCACAUACCUUAAACUUUCAGCACAAGGAAGCUACGAUUUUCCUAGUUAAUCAAGCUCAGACUUUAACAACGGUUUUUGUGGAUAAUUAUAAAUAUUAUAUACAUCUUAUAUACUGUUUUUCUCAGCUUUAGACUAUACUGUGAAAUGAUUUUGAAUGCACUCUUUCAGGAAAUAACAGAAAAUGAGCUCUUGUUCUAGGAGGUAAAUUUUCUUCUGAACGGGUCUCAGAUAGUAUUUGUCAAGGUCCUGACCUCAGUCCUCGACCUUUUUUCUCCCUCUUGCUAAAAGUCAUAAGAGGUUUUGAUUAGAUGAGUUACUAUUCCUGGCCGCGCACCAUGCUUACAGCCUUUAGCCUCACCCCCAUCGCUCCGAGAGCUCAGGAGGGGUCAAAACCUCAAAAUUGGCAGCGCGACCGUGAUUAGCUCCAGGUUAAAGGUCAACGGUGGAGGUUCAGCGAUGAGGUAAUGCGGCUUAAAUUCUGAGUAAUAAUAAUAAUAAUGUUUCAUAUGUGACUAUUUAUUUAUUAUUCACGAUGCUAGAUCAUCGUCGAAAUAAAUUAAAAAUGGAAAAAAAAAGAAUAGACGAGCAAUGUGUAAAACGAGGUAAGAUAAGGUGUUUGUGGAACCCUGUGCCAUUGCCCCCAAAUUAUGCCUGAUUAUGGCUCACAUACACUCCACCGUUGCCACUUAAAAACAUUGGCCAUGUAUAAUUUACACAAUCGCAACAUAGCAAAACAAAUUUCCAACUAUUUUCACUUUUUGCUUUGUAAUAUUUGCAUAACGGGGUUGUAAAAAUCAGCUUUUCUUUGGCAGCAGACCAGAACAUACCUUAUUUAGGGUUUUUUUUUUUUUUUUCAGCUUUAUGCUUUUAACAAUGUAGCAUUUCCCACUCUUUGUCUUCAUGUGAUGUCCCAACUUUUUAAAUAUGCUUUUCUCCUUGAAGGGAAUGUAGCAUUUAAUCACUGUGUUGCAGCUCAGAUCAGAGGAAUCAACACUGGUUCCGCUUCUGGUGAUUUUAUAUGAAGAGUCGAGCCGCGUCACAUUUAGUCAUCAAGUGUUUGCAUUGGGUAUAUAUAAGCAUGUAAGUGUUUGUGUGUGAAUGUGUUGGUUUGGUGUUCGUGUUGAGGUUUUUCCCACCAGUUGUUAAAGUUGUGGCAGCUGAGGCAGUUGAACCAAAGAGGAAUUACUGUGCCAUUUAAUUAGCAACACAUCAUUUAUACAAGCCGCUCACAGCUUGACUGAUCAGUUACGGGUCACAGAAGAUCUCAAACCUGCAUAGAUCUUCAACUAUAUAGUGAAAACACACUAAAAAAAAAAAAAGACAAAGUCACUGUGUUUUUAAAGUUUUCUGUGAUCCAUAACUGCACAAUCUUCAAGUUUGAUGUGCUUGCUUCUUUUUUCCUUUCCUACAGUGAUUCUAAUUUGUAAAUGGAUAAAAA